CGUCAAUAUCUUUGUUUUUAGGAAGUUCUCGUCGCUUUGUGGUUUGCUUUGAUUAAAUGUCGCGGUCGGGUUUUCUUAGGGAGACCCCCACCUCUCCACAAGUCAAAGCAGAAAAAUUCAAUGCGUCCUUAAGAUGAUAUUCUAUAAACGAAGAAUCACAAGAAGAUAUUUAUUUGUGCGAUUACAAUGACUAGUAAUAGCAGAGAAAAGAAACGGCUUACAUUUGCAAUUUGUAUGAAGCUGUGAAUUGCUGUGAAUUUAUAGAGAAAAAAAUAAUAUACUUACAAAAAUUUAGGCGUUGGUAGAGGCCAUUGUUUCCAAGUUGUUAGAUAUACAAGCUCGAAAAUGCUAUUUCUAUCAUUCAUACGAGCGGUAAGAGAAAAAUAGUUAAUGUACAAAUGCUGCAUUGUAUACCAAAAUAAAACAUAAAACAGUAAUCCCCACGUCGCUCAACAGUAUCUAGUGCUCAUGUUCUUCUGGUGAAUGAAGUUGUUCCUCAAUUGUAUCCAAGAUCCGUUGGAUCAUAUCUUCGUCCUCCAAUGGAACAAUUUCAUCUGGAGUUGGGGAUUCAGAUUCUCUAUCCUCUGAAUACUUCAUUUGUGACAGAUCAGCUUUAAACACACGCUGGCACUGCUUUGUUGCUUUUUCUAGAGCUAUCGAAUCUUGUUUCGUGCAUGAAAAUGCACCCCGGGUGAGUUUCGCAAGGCCGUAAACAACUUGCCAAUCCAUAUAUGCUAAACGCUCUUGCAUCAAACGACUCCUCUGUUGUUGACGAAACGAGUCCACGGCAUCUAGCAGACAUUCUAGUUUUUGCUGAAGCAUUGCAGCGAGUCUUCGAAGCAUCAUUGCAUUUGGAUAUUCAUCUGAAGAAGGAACUUUUUUCAUGGCUUGAAGUUUAUGUGAGGCAAUACGAAUAGCUAAAGCUGCUGCCUCCUGACGAAAGCGAAAAGCUCCCGUAAUGGGAGAAUUCUGUUCCAAGAACGUUGAUUCCCUAGUAGGCCAAACCGUCCAAUAUUUUCUUGGAGUUUUCGUAUCUUUAUCCUCCACAUUACCAUCAUUCCCGUUUCGUGUUUGUCCUCGAUUUUUAAGACUCUCAUGGACGAAGUAUAAUUGAACUGCUAAUUCAUUUCUUGUUUCUUGUUUCAAGUUUGAUAUAAUCUCCUUGUAUGCUCCUACUUCACUCUGCAAAAGAGAUGGUUUUUCUACAACAGGUUCUUCUUCAUACUCACUAGGAGAUCCUUCACGUUCCUCUCUCUCCUCUAACUGCGGUGUAUCAAAAUCGCGCAUAGCAUACUGUUUAAUAAGCCCAACCUCAGUGAAAUCGGCCGGUGCUGUCAAACUGCAGUCUUUGCAAGUUUCUUUUGGUGAGAGCUUGGUUGCAAACAAAAAAAAUAAGAAUUCGGAGGCAAGUCAAGGACACUACCAAUGAAAUAUCUUCAAAACCAAAGAAAACAAAUUUACUUAAUUGAAUGGAAAGAUGAAAAUAUAUCCGUAAGCGUAAACACUCUUCACCGUUCACGACAUGUAGAGCGUAAAUCUUUAACCUCUGGAGACCAAGAUGAAUGACUCCCUUUAACGAUUUUUUUCCUUCAAUUUAAUUUAAUUCAUUUUAUUUCAUUGCUAUUCUUUUUCGUUUUAACGGUCCUGGGGGCAAGCAUACACAUUUAGGUAUGCCCUCUCCAUCACAGACAACUGCAAGUCCUAGACGCAAAUUAUAUCGCCCGGGAUUUGUACAUCUUAGGCGGUUUUUGGAGAUCUUAUUUUUUUAAUUAAAAAGGCUAGACAUUUAUUUAUUUUUUUGGGGGAUUUUGCACUCAGUUUUCAGCGAUUAACUCAACAACUUCUCUUUUGACAAUAACACAUAAUGAGCGACGUGAAGCAGCUUUCGUUUACACCCUCGAUUUUCAAAAAAAUAGCGCCUGAUCAAUACUUGUCGCAUUUGCUAGACCAGAAUAUACGUUCAGACGGAAGAACAGUAACAGAAUUCCGUGAACCUCAAGUUCAUACUGACUGUAUAUCUACUGCUAACGGAAGUGCUAUUGUUCGUGCUGGUGAAAAUGUUUUCGUUUGCGGCAUCAAAGCAGAAAUUGCUGAACCCACUGCCGAUGCACCCGAUCAAGGCUUUAUUGUUCCUAAUGUGGAAUUAGGCCCCCUUUGCAAUUCUAAAUUCAAGCCCGGCCCUCCUUCUGAUUUGGCUCAAGUAAUUUCCCAGCAAUUAUAUCAAAUUUUGAUCAAGACGAAAUUAAUACAUCUUCAUUCACUCUGCAUUCACGAAAAGAAAGCCGUCUGGGUCUUAUAUGCCGACAUCGUCUGCUUGAAUUAUGAUGGUAAUGCUUUCGAUCAUGCUUGGACUGCUUUAAUGUCUGCCUUAGAAACAACCAAGCUUCCUACUGCUCUUUGGGAUGAAGAUUUAGAAAAGGUUGUCUGUGCGUCUAAUCUCACUCGACCAGUUCAACUUAGCACGAAGUUAUUUUCUUUUUCUUGGUCUGUUUUCAACAACAUAUUAUUGGCAGAUCCAACAGAUGAAGAGGUAUCUUUGUCAAACGAAUUCCUUACUAUAAUGAUGGACACUUCCAAAAACAUUUCGAAAAUUACAAAACUAGGUGGUUCUUUUAUACAAGUCGACAAGUUGAAGGAAUGCGUAGAGUUUGCUCGUAACCAUAUAAAAUAGAUUUACAUUACUCUUCGUCUACUUUUAUUAUUUCGUUUUAAUGCCUAGUUACACAUUUCUGGUUUGGUUAUUUGAAAGUUUUCUACUGAGAAUCUAUAGUAUCAUGUAAAAGAAAUAUUUGUAACAUUAACCUAUAAGUGAAACCCACAGUGUAGGCCAUCUGUUUC